GUAAGAUUGGUCCCAGAUCGGGAGACAGUUCGGAAUGAAAUCAUCCAUACCCUAAAAGUUCGAUCGUUCAUUUUAACAGCUGGCUUUCAUGAAUAUAAUGCGAAUCAACUACACUAGCGUUGGAAUAAUUUUUUCGCUCGUGGUUGUGCUUUUAUAUCUUUACAAACUAUCGCACUACUCUUCAGAAAGAAACCUGCCUGCAAGUGUCACCCCACGGACCAGCAACAAGCUUCCUACAGGUGGGCUAAGUUCUCAGCUUAAUAUGAACAGUUCAUGAUAAUAUUUGUUACUUCCACUGAGGUAUAUUGCACGGGCCAAAAAUUUCUUUCGUUUCCCGAAAGUGGUUACAUUAACAUUUUUUUCUCACCAUAAUUGAAGCUCAGUUGUAAAUGGCGCUGUUCCGUCGUCAACUUCACUGAAGUGCGUUGCAGAAUCGAAGAAAACUUUUCGGUUCUUUAAGAAAAUUAAUUUUUUUAGACACCAAACCUUCACCCAAUGUAAGUUAUUAUGUUCACUUGUGAUUAAUGCUGUGCAAAUUUGCAUCAGAAGCACUUCCACACCCAGGAGUUUCACAGCCAUAAGUGCCCCACCCAGCGGUGAACAGAACAUUGCUACAUGCACAGGUUCCCAAAAAGCUUAAGGAUUGCAAUUCCAGUAAGAAUCUAGCUUUACUUUCCAGUACAUCAGUGGAAGUAAAAUAAUAUUAAAAACGAAUCAUAUUUGAACAUUUUGAUUUGUUUUUUAUUUAAUUAUUAUUUUAGUUUGAAGCGCAAUGGUUCUAGCAUAUGAAAGGCAUUAUUAUACAAUUAUUAUGGUAGAUGUUCUAUCAGACUGCAUUUUCAAUUUCUCCUUAGAAUCUUCAAUAGAUUUAAAAUCACUAGCCAGUGUUGCAAAAGCUGGGUUGUUUGAUGUCAGUCUGAGGCAAGCUCAAGAAACUAUAGAGGCUCUUAAAAAGCAGCUUGCAGAAGCAGAAGUAUCAAGAGACACAGUCCAGAAAAAAGACAUGGAACCUGUCAAAAGAAAGUUAGUUCUCAUCCCUUUCUUCAGACUGUAUCAAAUAUGUUCAGUGAGAGAAAUUUAAACUGAGUUCUUUUUGCAAAUUAUGAUAUAAAUAUAGGCAGCCUGUGAAAACAGUAUUUCCAGUGGCAUAUUUGCUCAUGCAUUGAAUUUAGACUAGUUGUUUGUUAUUGGCAGGAAAUUUUUGUUAUUUAAUAAGUUCUCUUGACUAAAUUUUGACCUUCAUUGUUUAAGUGCAUUGCUGAACCUCUUUCACUUCCAUGAUAUCAUUAGCAAUUCUCCCUACUGUCUGCUAUACAAUUGUUAUGUUUACUUAUUAAAUUACUGUAAUGGAGAAUUUGGUAUUGGGUCAAUUAAUAAUCCCCUAAUCCUCUAAUUGAUAUAUAUUUUUAUAUUCUUAGUACUUAUUUGCAUGAUAUUGUGUUGAUAUUGUAAGAAGAAGUUAUGUCUAGUUCACUCAUGACAAUUAAAGGGUCAAUUAUCAAUUAUGCAGUUUGAUGACCAUAAAAGUGAUAUUUGUUGUCAAUUUUGAAUCUUCAGAUUUAGUGGUCACAAACUUGUUCAUUUGGAUUUGAAAGGAGCACCAACAAAAAUGACUUUUCUGACACAGGUAUCGUAUACUGAUUGGAGCAACUUCAUGCACCUUACAUAUAAAAAGAGAACUCUAUAUGUAAUAAUUACAGAUGAGAAAUUUAUGUGUUAUUAUCCAGUAAUAUGCUUGAAAACAUGUUUGGAAACAGGUUUGCCAAUUAUGGCCUAUUCAGUUUUAUCCAUUUGGUACCUGCCCCUCUCUCCCUGUAUGGAAUCAGGGUACUAUACUUGCAGAAUGUAAAUUUACAUGACCACAUUAUCAGGUUCACAAAAAAUGUUUUACAACGGUUAAAUCAACACUGCUGAAUUAUACCUACAAAAUUAAUUAGUUAAUUCUAAUUAUAAAAUAACUGAUAUUUUUUUACAAGAUUUGAUAAUUACUUGCCAGUAACAAUAUAUCAUAAAAUGUGAUAUCUGUCAUUAAUUUUGAUAAUUAUAAAUUGAAUAUUAUCAAUUUGUAAACCUGUGUAGGUGCUGCCAUAUUUUAAGAAGUGGGGAGCAACUGGUUUGCUGGUUGAGUAUGAAGAUAUGUUUCCCUACAAGGCAAAAUAUGAAGUCUUACAGGCUAAAAACUCAUACAGGUUAAUGCUGUUUAUAACUGUAAGAAAAAGAUGUGUCGUAAAUUCCUAUUUAGAAUACCUUAUCAUUUAGACAUGUGCAUUUGAAGAUUCCUUGCUGUUGAUAUCAAACCUGAAGAAAGUUUAUGGGUACUAUGGUUUUGCACAUUGUGAUUAAUCAGCAGUUCUCUCCUCUAGCUGCUUACUCAUUUUCAUAUCAACUUCUUCCUGAUAUGCUCAAGUGUUCUCACAACCUGUUUGCUGGAUAUUGUAUGGAUGUUAUAGUGAGAAUUUGCAUGUUAAUCACCUCUGGGAGUUAAAGGAUUAAAAGAAAUUAUAAUUUGAUUUUGUAUUUGCAGUGAAGCUGAAAUAAAACAGUUGCUGGAGACAGCAGCAGCAAAUGAUCUUAUUGUAAUUCCACUGGUACAGACAUUUGGUCAUCUGGAGGUAAAGUCAAUAUAAAUAUUCAGAUAAAUACUUUUUCCUAGCAAUUUCAGUUAAUUCUUUUAGCAGCCAGUGAAGCUCUGAUGAUUGCAAUAAGUAUCUCAAUACUUUAGGGUGGAUGAGUAGCCCCAGCAACUUGGUAAUUUUAAGUUUACAAUUAUGAUAAUUUUAAUAUAUAUGCAUUAUAGCCUCUACUUGGUUUAAAAGUUUGUUUUGAUAUUUGUGUGCAGACAUUAUCUGUUCCAGGAAGCAAACAAUUUUUUAAAAGCAAAAAAACCAGGACCAAUUUUCUCAAUCUUUUUAAAUUUAAUCUACGACUUGUACAUCAUGCAGUAGUACUUUUUUUUUUCAAUAGUUAAUUUUUUCAUUUUAAUAAAAAAAAUUAACUAUUUUUAUUCUUUUUUUUUUUUUAAAGUAAACCAUGCAUGUGUAAUUUAUAUGUACAUAAUCUGUUGUAAAAUUUACCUUCCUUUCCAUUCAGUUUGUCUUGAAGCACAAGGAGUUUGCCUAUCUUCGUGAAACAGAACACUACACUAAUUCAUUAUGCCCAAAUAACAAAGGUUAGUGAUACAAAUUGGAAAAAUAAAACCAAAUGGUAUGUUCGUGUGAAUUGCCACCAACUUGAAGAAUUAACAAAUAAGUACAUAAUAUUGGUUAAUUUUGUAUAACAUCUGUUCUAGACUCUGUUCCAAUGGUUAUAGAACUCAUUGAUCAAGUUCUAGCUCUCCAUCCUGGUUUGCAGUGGUUUCAUAUUGGAGGAGAUGAGGUGAUUUGAUAUCUACUGUUGCUAUAUAUUGAGUAACUUUUCAGGGCACAGAAGGUCAUUACACAUGGCUGUACUGUUAAAAUUUUUAUAUUUAAAGUCGACUUUCUGCUUGACGCAAUGUUACAACUUCCCUUAAAUCAAAUCCAAAUACAGAACAAUAAGAACUUCCAUUAUUCACAAAGAGUGCCAGAGCAGGGCAAAAUAGCAGACUGAAAUUUUAAUGCCAGGCUAUUUGGCUCUGGAAAUGGCAUGCAGUGUCACAAACGACUUUGAAUGUACUCAGUUCCGAGGGCUCUGCAUGGAGACAGGCAAAUUACAUGUAGCAAGUUGAGGGCAUUUGAUAGUAGUCACCAACCUAAUUUGAAAACUUAGCACAGGAAACUUUUUUCAUAACAAGAAUUAAAACUGCUGCAUUUUCAUAUUGGUCUUUUUUUUUUUUUUUUUUUCAAUCAGGUGUGGAAUCUCAAGACAUGCCCUGUCUGUCUUAAAGAUGCACGGAAUAAAUCUGAAUUGUUUGUGCAUCACAUGAAACCCAUUCUCAAACACUUGCAAGGCAAGAAGGUAACACCAAUCAUGUGGGAUGACAUGAUGAGGUACUGGCCUUUGGAAUACUUGAAAGGUAAAGAACUAUUGGAUGGAUUUACACUAAUGGGAGGUUUGGAAUAAACCUUACUGCCCAACUUUUCAGUUGUCCUUUUUGUUUUGACUGUGAUAAAUGAUGACUUUUUAUUUGCCACAGUGGUGAAUAGUGCUCUCUGCAUGCGGUGAUUGCAAAGACUAUUCCCCUCCAAGCAGACUAAGAGAGAAAAUUGCACAUUAAGGGUUAAAUUUCUGUCCAUUGUUUAUUGACAACAAGAAAUAGAUGUAAACUAAACAUGGUUCUGUGUGGUAUAUUCUGAAACUGUUAUUCACCUCAGUGUUGCUGAAAGUGGUGGUUAUUUACCUCCACUUUGGUGAAUAAUUUUAUGUUAUUGUCUUUUGAAUUAAUAUUUUCUUCUCAUUUUGUUUGACAGAGCUUGGUCCUCUUGUUGAGCCAAUGGUCUGGGCCUACAGAUCUGAUCUCACUGGCUAUUUUCCUCCUGGUAAAACUUUAAGUAGAAUUUGUUGUUGUUAUUGUUAAAUCAGAGCAGACCUGCCUUUUCAAAGGCCAUGUUGUUACAACUGUUUUGUCCCAGCUGAUGGGUCAUAUGUUCACUUUUAUUGAAGCUCUACUCAGCUACCAUGGUGCAUCCUCAAUGCCAAGUCAAACCCUUGAGAAUGGCUCAGUUUUGUGGAAUCAAAAGAGCUUAUUCAAGUUACCAGCCUUAACAUUGCACUUAUAGACAAUUUGGCCAGAAUAUUUUUUGGUUGUAGACAAUCUGAGCAUAAACAUGCCUACCUCACAAAAUUAAUUUUCCUUGGCCAAUCCAUCAUCAUGACAUUCUUUCAACCAUUUGAAAUCUAUUUGAGUCAUGUUGAUCAAGUUUGGAGGGUGCGCUAUGUGUAAAAUGUAAAUUAUGUUUUAUGGUUACUGUGAGCUUUCUAAGUCUUUGCCUUUGAUAUUCUUAAGAUAUGUGGCAGAGAUAUGGUAAAGCCUUUAAGAAGAUUUGGGCUGCAAGUGCCUUUAAAGGUAACAUUAAUUUGACUUAUGCAUUAACUUGAAUCAGAUAACUUUAUCCUGUAUGAAGACAACUUUUUAUUAUAAAAAUGGACAAAUUUUGGAGAAUCAUCAAUUUCUUUUGAAGACAUUAGUAUAUCAGUCUUUAGAAUUAUAUAUGAAAAUUUGUGACUUAAUUCCACUGUUGUAGAUUACAAAGAGUUCAUAAAACAUCAAAAAUUUUCUUCAGAUUUGCUCAAAAUGCAACUACAGACCCUGCCAGGUUGAAAGAAGCUCAGUAACCUAGUCACUUAUGAAUUAAGUUACAGAGUUCAAUGCUUAUGUGUUUUAUUAUAAACAUAUUACCUCCUGUAAGCAAACAAAGAGAUAUUGAGUUGUAGGUGUUAUUUAAUUGUUACUUCUGCUAAAAAUUUUUUCUUCCUUAAGGAGCCACUCACCCAUGGAGCAACUUUGUUCCAAUUGGAUUUCAUGUUCAAAACAAUUUAUACUGGUUGGAUAUCAUUUCCAAGUUACCAUCCACUCUAGAAGUAAAUGGUGUAGCCCUGACUGGCUGGAGCAGGUAUGUAAUGCAGUAUGAUUGUGCAAUGUCAUUAUUCAAUUAUUGUUUUAUCCCUUUAACUCCCAAGAUCUGAUUGUAAAUUCUCCCCUCUAGCUGCUACACAUUUCCUUGUAAAUUGGUUAUAAGAAUUUGAUGUUUGAUCAAGGUAAUAACUUGUAUCUGAUGAGUUUAAGUAUUCUCACUACCUGUUUGCUGGAUAAUGGAUGGAUAUUGUAGGGAGAGGUUACAUGUUAAUCACUUCUGGGAAUUAAAGGGUUAAGUGUGUCAGGGGGUGGUUAAUGCCAACUCUGUUCUGUUAACCCUUGGCAAUCUAAUAUCAGAAGGAUAAUUCUUCAUACUGUUCUCUGUACAUUUCCUAAGGUGCUGACAAGGAGAAUUUGCUUAACAAUCAAGAGAUUCUUUAGUUGUUGAUCAUUUCCUUUAUUCAUGAGAGCUUGAUCUGUGAUUCCAGGGUGAUACUAUAGGAGAAAUUAGAUGCUUGUCACUCGUAGGGCUCAAAGGGUUAACAAUAUUGCAUUAUUGCAAGUUUGUAUAUUUUAUUUUUAAAUCUUACUGUAUAAUCAUCCUGUUUUGGGGCCAUCAUAAUAACAUAGUUAUAUCCCUCUGCUAAGGAAUUAGCAAUUCUGAGUCAGUUACGCCCACAGGCCCACAAUCCUGUCAGCAGGUUUAAGAAAUGCCAGCCUGGAGAAUGGCAAAACUUAUUACAUGCCAAGAGACCAAUUCCUGGUUAAGAAUAUCUUACAAACUUUCUUAAAUUGAAGUCUUAAAAACUCUUGAGAGGCAUAAUCACUUGAGAACGGCUGCUAGAGCAGCUGGAUUGGUAUGCUAUAAAAGUGAUAAUGUUUUUUUUUUUACUCUCUUUUUGUAGAUAUGAUCACUAUGCCACUUUAUGCGAGCUUCUUCCAGCAGCUCUUCCUUCAUUAGCAUUUUGCCUUGGAGCAUUGAGUGAAGGUACAUGUUGUAAUCAUUUCCUAAAUUUACACAUCUUAGAGCACUGGUGAGUCUGAUCAACUAAUCAGGUUCAAAAUUAAAACCUUUUUUCUCAUUGGCUGUUUUUACCUUGCGUUCUCAUUUGCUGUUUUUACUUUGGUUCUCAUUGGCUGUUUUACCUUGUCUUCUCAUCGGCCUCUUGUGAUAUUUUUCUUUCUCCUGAUUGCCGUCGAUAUUAGAUUGGUUUUGGUUUUAUGACGCUAAAUUGAAAAACGCUCUAACAACCCUUGACCAUGUAUCACUAAGAAUUUUGCCACUCGCGUUGUCCUCCGCAGAUAGUCUAUGUUUUUACAUUGAGUGUUCAUUUCCUUGUGAUAUUUUUCUUGUGUUCUUAUUGGCCUCAAUGAUUGCUUUGGGUUCGGUUUUACAACAUUCAGUGAUUGCUCGAAGUCUCUAUUCAGAGGAUUGCUCAGGAUUUUGUUUCGAGGAUAAAUUAGUGAAGUAUUGACUUCCUUCAAACGAACCAGGCCUGAAACAUAUCGCCUCCGUCUUUUAACAAUUCAGGUUAUAUGGAUGAGGAACUUAGAAAAGUGAUAGCAAAAAGACUGGGGCUUCCUGAAACAUUCCCUCUCAAUGUGGAGAGAUUUAAUAACAGGUAAGAUGAAAUGUUUCAUAAACGAGGACGAGUGUUUCAUCAGGGUUUCCAAACACGAGAAAACUGAUGAAGGCACGAGGCCGAAGGCCGAAUGCUUUUAUUGUUUUCGAGUGUUUGGAAAUCCUGAUGAAACACGAAGCUUGAGUUUAUGAAAUGGCUUCUCAAAAGGGCCUAAUUUAUUAACAAUAAACACAAAAACAGAAAGACCACUUAAAUAGUCAGUUUUUGUUUUCUUUUGUUUCAUUAUCGCAUGUGCAUAGUUGUUAGUCUGCGUCAUGAAAGGUGUUGUGUUUUUUCACAUCUUCGCCUCUAAAAGAGUUUUUUUUUUCAUCAUAUAAAACAAAUAGAUUCCAUGUUGCGGUGGUCUGCUCAGAAAUAGAUCACAGAUGACGUCAAAAUGUGGUAUGGACAUCACUGCCAUAUUUUUGUUCUUACCACUUUUAAACUUUAUCUUAAAUCUAUUACUAAACAGAUGCAAAGCAAAAUGUAACCUAUUUAUUAAAUAGUCAACGUUGUACGGGUGCCUUGCAGAGAAUUUGGGCGAGGAUACGGCAGACCACCUUAACUUCCGGUUCUGUCCAUAGGUUUCAUCCGGCGGAAGGAACGUUUCCAGGUCAUGAACUAUACACACUUGUUUCCCACCUGGAGAAGGCAGUGUUCUUUACAAGAGGUGUUGGGAACAUGUAAGUUUAAAACUUUAUGGAAGCGUUCUUGAGUUGGAGUUGAGCGUACCCAUUCGGUCUUCAGGGCUCACAAAAAUAUAAUGAUAAUAACAAUUUGCUCGUCGCAGAGAAGUAGAUUCCGCUGAAAAAAAGAGCUUCUUUCCGUGUUCCUGUGGGACACGCCAUAUGUCAAUCAAAUACAAACUUGAAAGCGGGAUUUCAGAUAAUUUGGCAGUGUCUGAGCAACUGCGUACCUGUUCCUCCCUUAACCCAACAUUAACCCUAACUUGUUAUCAGGUGAUUGUUGUUGUGUUUUGAGAGGGUAGGUGUGCAAUUGCUCAGAUGCUGAAAUUGACCCGAUUGUUUCAGCUGUGAUGGGGCCAAAACGCGAGAAAAUUAUUUUGCCUCUCUCAACAGAGAUGACAGCUCAAGAAUAGUAGUUACAGUACUAGCAUGGUGUCAAAACAGCUCGACGGCGUUACUCAUAGAGCAUUUUGAUAUUAGGGCCGGAAACUGAGACCCCAGAAAACCAACUUAGCACUUCACAACAUCUCAGCCACGUUGCAGCUGAGUCCCUGAUUACAAUCGCUUUCGUUUUCCUAUUCUGUUCUUUUUAAAUAAGCCAACAGAAAACAAACAAAACACACACAAACAAGGAAACAAACUAACAAAAUGCUUGAUGCAUUGAUCUUAUCUUCGUAUCUUGUAGAGAGCAAAGCUGGUUGCUAGACCGUGAAGUACAAAACAAGUUUCUAAGUUAUUUUCAAGUGGAGAUGGCGUAUAACAGAACAAUGAAGUAAGAAGCCUUUUAUGCUGCUAAACUUUAGAAUGGUAUUUUCUUUCUUCAAUUGAUAUAAACUAUCAUUGAUUGGGUGAUUAUUUAAUUUAGCAAGUUUUUUUUUUAUCAGCUGUGGGCUGUCUCUACAUUGGCUAGCGCUAGACACAGUGAGGCAUUGGCUUACUGGUCAGCGUACUGGACACACUUGGGAGAGGUCUGGGUUCGAGCCUUAAAGAGCCUUGUCAUGUUUUGUUCUUCAGCGAGAUACUUUUCUCUCUCCUUGUCCCUCCCCUCCCAAGGGCCACUACUCCUUCUAACACUGAUAUUAUUAGAACUGGCUUUAAGUUUCUAUUUUGUAUCUCCAGAGCGUUACAGAUUCUAAGAUCGGUGCAGUCCAAGGUACCAAAAGUUUUUAAUCCAGUCUACGACGAUAGUGUGGUGAAAGAAUGGACCAAGGACAAAAUAGAUGAUGGCAUCAAUCAUUUGAACGGCGUUAAACCCAGAUUAGAAGAGUUGAGGAAAAUAGCUUCUGGGAAAGAAGAAAAACAAGAAAAAGCCACAAUGAAAGAAAAAAGCUAAGAAGCAGCACUAUAUUUUACACAAGAGUUACAAAAAAGAAAGACUGGACCUAAGUGAGGGAUUAUCAUGUAGGAAAGAGAGAGGGGCUUUUAGUUGGAGUCCAAUCCCUCUCUUUGAACAUAUUGAGCGAUAACUCACCAAAACAACCUACAAUGGAUAAGGGGGGGGGUACUUUCUAAAGAA